AUGAGAUACUUCUUUAACGGAUCAACGUUCGAGGUGCCCGUACACAUGGAGCUUGAUGUCGUGCGCGAAGGGGAUUUUCCUCUUCCAGGGGUGUACAUACACUUCAUUCCGGAGUGGGUGAUAGACGUCCCGGGCACGGGACGAUUACAUAUCGACCCGAUACAUCAUCCAGAGAUGGAAUUACACGGGGAGACAUCCCUGGUCUUUUGCCCGCUGGAGAAUAUCAUUUUAUUCGAUAUAGUAGUGGAAGGCUACAUCAAUAAAAACUUACAAUGGUUGGUACAACAUCAGGAGAAGCGGUGGCGACGAGAAGAUAUGUCGACCAUUUAUGGUACGACACGCCGGAGAGUCGAGACAUCACGGAAAUAUAUCAUAUCGAAUACAUGUUCUGCCUAA